UAGCGGUCUCAUCGCCCUGUACGGAGCAUCGUCACCCUGAAAGCAUCCCACUACCGACAGCGGGGUCCCCUCCACUCCCGAAACACUGACACCACCCAAUGCCCAGCUAAUCAAGCUCCCGUCCUUGUAAGCCUUCAUCUCCCCUUCCCACCCCCCUCCCCUGAAUUAGAAUACAAGGCAAGCUGUUCAACCCCGUUCUUUCUUUGUCUUCCAUUUCUCCAUCAUGAAGCUUCCACAUCUACACGAUCCAGACACUCGUAGAAGCUCCCAAGCACACCCUCUUACCCCUCCUUGAUAGCAGUCGAAGCUAUAUCCUUCCCUCCUCCUACCACAACCACCACAUCUACAACACCAUCACGGUAGUUCAGACACACAAAAGAACACAAUGGAACAACUCGAUCCCACAACAGGCACCCCCCUCCCCGCCGACGCAAUCCAACGCAUCCUCUUCAUCGCCUCCGGCGCCCACGUCUACAACAUUCCCCCCCUCACCUCGAACAAGGGCUACACCGCCGCCGGCUGGACCGACCGCCAAAUCUUCACCGCGCGCCUCCGCGUCCUCGAAACAGCCUGGGAAACCACCGCCGCCGCCCUCCCGACACCCGUAGGCGUAGGCUCCGCCGUCGUCCCCGUUGCCCCGGGAGCGCCCGCGGGCAUAACCUCGAAAGAGAAUCACAUCAAGGUCGACAUCGUCCUCGAGGACCCGUCCAACGGCCAGCUCUUCGCCGCGGCGCCCUACACCUCCAUCAACGCCGUCGAACCCGUGCUCGAUUCCUCGCGCUUCUUCGCGGUGCGCGUCAUGGACGGACAGGGUCGCAAGGCGGUGUUGGGCGUCGGCUUUGAGGAGCGUAGUGAGGCGUUUGAUUUUGGUGUUGCGCUGCAGGAGGCGCAGAAGAGUCUUGGUCUGCUGGACGCUAGCCACGCCAAGCAGGCGGCGGAGAAUAGCAAGCGCGCUGAGGAGGAGAAGAAUAAGGAUUACAGUCUCAAGGAGGGCGAGACCAUCACCAUCAACUUUGGCGGGUCAAAGAUUGGGCGUCGGUCGAGGACCGAAUCCGGGUCCGAGAUCCCCGGCGGAGGAGGGGGAGGGUUGCAGGGGUUCUCUCUGCCGCCGCCGCCGAGCGCGCCCAAGAGCGGUGGUGGUGCUGGUAGCUUCGGAUUGCCGCCGCCGCCGAGUGCUGCUAAUAUCCGGGACAAGAAGAGGGAGAACAGGAAAUCCGCGCAGGAUCUGGGGUUUGACGACGGCCAGUUUGGCGAGUUUGCGUAAGGGGCCGCCGCGGAAGUGUCUUUCACGAGCUGGACGGACGGCUGGCUGGCUGGCUGGCUGCUAUAACAAAAUAAGGAAGGUAGUUUUCGUUCGUCUCGCGGUUUUGGCUAUGAGGAAAAAAGCAAACCAAAAAGCUCAGCUCCCUAUGACAGGGAGCCUACGAAAGAUCCGAGGAGACUUUUAUUAGCCCCA